UUCAGAGCAGCCAAUGUGGAACAGGAUUAGAUCCGGCUCUGUAGUUUCUCUGCAGCAGAAGGUUACUGCCGGCGCUGUCAAACAUGGCCAUUCAUUCACUGCACAAAUGCAUCUGCCAGUUUUUCCUCGGCCUGCAGAUUGUUUGCGGUCUGGACCAGGUGAAGCUCCUGAAUCCUCCAGAGGAAGCUCUCCCUGACCAUCUCCUGAGCGUUUUCUACUCUUGUGAUGGGGCAGCUACCGUACAGCUGGACUGUGUCGUGUCAUUUGAAACUGGCUCAGUCUCCACAGUCCGUAUCAGACGGUGGAGUUGUGACCCCGGUGACCCUGUAAUAAAGACCGUGAAGCUGAAUCUGCCAGACUGGUUGGUUUACCAAGCAGACGGAAUCGUUCCGGAGUCCCACAGGGUGCUGAGUUGUUUUCUCCGAGCCUGUGUCAGAUACAGUGGUUCUGAUGAUACUAAACGGUCCAAGGGUUCUCAGGAUGUGGCGUUCUUGCUGCCCAAGCCCUUCUUCAGUCGCCCUAUCAAGCAGCAUCGUCUCUGCACUGCGUGGAGUAAACAGAUGUUACAAUUAACUCAACAGUUUUUACAGAAAAAGUGUCCUUUAGAGCAAGAAACCGUCCAUCUUCUGUCUGCGAUCUAUGCUUCAACUGGAGAAAGUUUUGGGAUAACAAAGACCCUGGACCCGUACAGGAACCAGCUGCUGGAGCACUUCCGCAUCAAAGCCGUCCCUUUUCCUUGGUGUGAACUCUCUCUGUGGGUAUUUGUUAGCAAGUAUUGCAAGCACAGAUUUUGCGGAUUGUUUCAUCACAUUGAUUCCCAUAACAAUUAUGCCACACCGGCACUUCUCCUAACAAAAUCAGGCCGGCUGCACAUCCAGAUAAGUGGAGCGUCUGAGGAAUCCUCUGCGUUUCUCUCCUCGUUCACCGUGCCUUUAAACAAGUGGUGCCAACUCACUGUGACCUGAUUCUUCAAUAUUUGCAUAAGGAUAACAAUGGCACUAAGGCUGCCAUUGUCUCUAUAGGUCACCGUUUCCUUGGUGUUUAUGGACAACGAGGAAAGAAUGGUUAAAUCUUCAGAGUACUUGUUGAGUCAUUCUGCCAUGUUGGAUGACACAGAGGGGUAUUUUGUGAUUGGUGGAGGGAAAUUCAUCCGAGGCCUGGAGGGUUAUUUUGGACCAGUGGUGUUCUACCGCAACAAAGUUCCUCACAGCCUGUCUGCAGUAGCUGCUCCAGAUGUUCUAAAAAACAUAAACCUGACUGGAUGGCUGCAGAGCUGCCAGGAAUUUCUUUUUGACAUCACCGUCAAGAUCAGUGGUUUCACCAUCCAAGCCAAACACCAGAGAAAAAGUGGGACUUGUUUGGCAGUUUUCCAUGACCGGAUGGGAAGGGAUCCUUCAAACCCCCAAUGUGAGCUUUGGGAGGAGGCAGCAGCUCACAGAAAACUGGCCACAAAACUAGCCAAGUUACUGGUUUUUAAACAAGGUGGAACGGCAGUCAGCCCAUCUGCUGUGGGAAGAGCUCUGUACUCCUUCUCUGUUCAGAAGAUGAGUCAAAUGGGCAGCAGUGCAGCGGUCAGCAAAGUCUUACCUCUGCUGCUCCAAGCUGGCUGCCUUGCUGAUAACCACGCUCUGCACAUGUCAUCUGUGCUCUACAGCUCUGGUCUGGGAGUCCCCAAAAACCCCACUAAGGCCUGGCUGCUUGCCCUGCUGGCUGCACAGAGGGACCAUCGGCUGGCGCUUCUCCAUCUCGGUCAUGUCCAUCAGCGGGGGCUGCAUGGUCUGCCCAAAGACCCAGAUCUGGCUUAUGCCUAUUAUGCAAAUAUUGCAAAACAGACGACUUUAGACCGUCAUAAUCCCACACCACAGCAGACGUUUGUGGAGGCUGUAUAUCUGAACGACGACGAGGCUUUGAACCGUCAGACCAAUGAGGACCAUCACAUCUUUCAGUGGCUGAAGCUUCAGGCCCGCAGAGGGGCAGCUGACGCAGAGCAAGCUCUUGCCCGGAUGCUCUUCUGGGGUCAGCAAGGAUUGUCUCCAAACAUUCAAGAAGCUGUGAAGCAUUACAGAAGAGGAGCUGUUCAGCUGGAGGACCCAGUGUCUAUGUAUGACUAUGCAAUAGUACUACUGCUGGGUCAAGGAGUUGAGAAGGAUGUUCCAAAAGGUGUCACAUUCCUCAAGAAAGCAAUGGAGCAGGGUUUUGUUCCUGCAGUCAACGCCCUGGCCUGGUACUAUGAGCAGUUUGAGAAGGAUUACCAGCAGGCUGUGGCUCUGUGGGAAAAGGCUGAUCUCCUCGGUUCUCCAGACGCCCCAUUGAACCUCGGCAUCUUGUACUCACAGGGCCUGUAUCCAGGAAAACCUGCAGACCAGCAUGUGGCGUACAAGUACUACCUGAAGUCUGCAGAACGAGGACACUUGCGCGCAGCAGUUUUCCUAGCUGAUGUCUGGGCCACGGGGAUUCCUGGAUACGUCGAGAGACGUCCAUCAGAUGCCGUUUCCUGGGUGAAGUGGACAGCUGAGCAGAACGGCUACUUGGGCAGCGUCCUACGCAAAGCGCUGGACUCCUACCUGAAGAGCAACAUGUUCAUAUCGUUGGUGUUUUAUAUCAUGGCAGCUGAAUCGGGGUAUUCUCCUGCACAGUUCAAUGUGGCCUACCUUUGUGACCAAAAUGCGGCUAGUUUCCUGGAUCCCGCUUAUGCUACACGCUGCAUGUGGCGAUAUUACAAUCUCACAAUCCAGAGUCAGAAACCAGAGUCUUAUGCCUUCAUAAGGAUGGGUGACCUGUUGUAUGAAGGGUCAGACAGCAGGGAGAAGGACUUCUCCUCUGCUGCACACAUGUAUUCACUGGCGGCUUUAAGGAACAACCCACAGGGUUGGUACAACCUUGGCUUGCUUGCUGAGGACGGCUACAGGCUGCCGCUUCCCGUACUGAUUGAGCUGGGCCUGUCUGAGCUGUACCUGGCAGACAAGAAUUUGCUUCUCAGUACAUUGUACAAAAGAUGCAGAGACUCAGACAACGCAGAUUCCUACUUACCCUGCAGCCUUGCUCUGCUCAAAGUGUUUCUGCCAUCUUUUGGAAAGCGCCACAUUGCUGCAGUCGUUGAGGUCUCCAUUGCUGUGGCUGUGGUUGCGACUCCAACGUUGUUUGUGAUCGUCCUCGGCGUGUUGAGGAGACGAACAAAUAAUCAAGAGUCUUGACCCAAACCUGACAGAAUGCACAAAAAGCAAAUGAUUUAUUUAGUGUUCAAAUGCAGAUUAUCCCAGGGUCAUCAGGAAUUUGAUGUCUUUUAGAUUAUUUUAUUUUAUGCAGUUCACAUCAAACAGCAGCUCUGGGAAGUUUUCUGACAUCCUGCAAAGAAAUUCAAGCAGAAACUUUCCAGAAACUCACAAGUUCAAUGGAUGCAAGAAUCGUGCAGGUGACAUCAAAGAAGGGCUCCUAUGUUAACAUGUAACUCUGUCUGUUAAAAGCUGUUUCAAUCAUAAACAUUUUGAUCUUAGUAUAUGUGACCAUUUAAUGCUGCACAUUUAAAAAAUGACCAUUUGCAGUUCUUUAUAAUUCAUGACAUGUUAAGAAAAUCUGCUGUGCAUAUCAUUUGGAACAGAGCAUUUUGAGUUUUUUAGCUUUUUAGUUUCAUGGGGCGCUUUGUUCAGUAAAAUUUGAUGUAUACUGUAAUAGUUCAUGAAUUGAAAAUGAUACUGACCAUCAUUUGCAUUGACCUUUUAAGAAAACUUGAGAAAAUAUAAUAAUUUGGAACAUGGUGUACAUAGAUUAGUACGGCGAAAGCAUAUUUUGUGAAACUACAAGUCCUGUAUUGAAUAUAAAUUAUAUUUGUCAUUGCCAGACCAUCUGGGGGUCAAAGGUCAUCCUCUAAACAUAGUGUACGAGGGCUUACAAAAUCACUAUGAGACUAAAUAAUCUGCAGACAAAUCCAGCUGCCUGUUAUUUCAGACACUCCAAGCAUUAAGACAUGGUAAGUGAAUUUUCAUGAGUGCAGACAGAGAGUCUGCAUAGCACAGCAUUUCAUGCAAAUAAAAAGCAUUUUGUAGCACUUCUGUACAUUCAGCUCCUCAUACAGAACCCAUACAUGUAGGCCUUAUAAAUAUUUCAAUUUCUUUUUAUUUUAAAUGUUCCUAAAACAAACUAAAAUAGCUUUCUGGCUUCAUAGCUAAUUUCUAAAUGUGCUGUUGACAUGAUGGAUUCUAACAUUUACGGGACAUCAGAGAGAUUGUCAUGCCAUCAAACAUUAAAAAAUGCAAUGUUGCUCUGUAGCAGCAAGACAAUAUACCUGAACUGAUAUGCUGCAGUAGCGGCUCAUCAGGCGCUAUGCAAGGACGUUUCCAUGGCGUUUCUAAUUGCAGGAAGUCGGUUUUAUUUCUUUGCUCGAUAAUGAAGCGGUGCCAAGCAGAUAAUCUCUCUUGUGUUGAGAUGUGAAUUUAAAUAAGAGCAUAAACAUGUUGGAUUAUUGAUUUUCCUCUCUAUCUUGGGUGCUGAUGGGGUUGAAGGAUAGCACUUAGUAAACUGUCACAAUGACGAAUUAAAGUGGCAGAAUGAAGCUUUGCCCAUAUUGAACAUCAGCUGCUGUAAAAAGACACGACUGCAUGAGGGCGCAUUUUUCAAUCCAAGGACGGAUAAUUAGCUUCCAGCUUUGUUUCAGUAUUUAGUGAAUGUGUAGGGCUAAAUACUAGCAAAAUGAAGAACGGCGACCCCAAACAUGCAGCCAAUGGAC